AUGGAGUCGUCGGGCGACACGGCGCCGUUGCACUCCUCACCGACCCCGACGUCGCCGCCGGCAAUGGCGACGGGGGCGGCGGUGGUGAUGAGCCCGUGCGCGGCGUGCAAGAUCCUCCGCCGCCGGUGCGUGGACCGCUGCGUGCUGGCGCCCUACUUCCCACCCACGGACCCCCACAAGUUCGCCACCGCGCACCGCGUCUUCGGCGCCAGCAACAUCAUCAAGCUCCUGCAGGACCUGCCCGAGGAGCAGCGCGCGGACGCGGUGAGCAGCAUGGUGUACGAGGCGGCGGCGCGCGCGCGGGACCCCGUCUACGGCAGCGCCGGCGCCAUCUGCCAGCUCCAGAGGCAGGUCGACGGCCUCAAGGCGCAGCUCGCGCGCGCGCAGGCGGAGCUCGCGGCCGCCCGCGCCCACCACGCGCACCUCGUCGCGCUGCUCUGCGUCGAGGUGGCCACCGCCGCCGCCACGCCUCCGCAGGACGCCUACUGCACCGGCGGAGGCGGAUCACAGACCCAGCUCGCCGCACCGCCUGGUGUAGGCUCCGCGCACGCGGACGCGCUUUAUGUCGUCGACGGCGGCGCGGCGGGCGGCGGCGGCAUCAUGCAGGCCGGGCACGUCGGCUGGGCCGACGAGCCGCUCUGGACAUAA